CAAUCGCGCGUAGAGGGGAUGAGCCUUGCGCGAGUGCAGAGAAAAUUUGGGUGUGUGCAUUUGAUAGAGCGAAGUAUUUUUUAUGUUAAGUGAGAUAUGAUUUGUUGAGGACUAUUUUAAAGCAAAGACACUCACACGGCGACAGCAUGGCUACACUAUCGUUGCGUAUCAGCAUUGUGGAGAAGAAUGUGACAAAGACAAUGCAGUUUGAUCCCACGACGUCGGUGUAUGACGCGUGCAGGAUCAUACGAGAGAGGAUUUCAGAAGCCAAUCAGGGCCAGCCGAAGGACUACGGAUUGUUUCUGGCCGAUGAGGACGUGAAGAAGGGCGUGUGGCUUGAACCGAUACGAAACCUCGAGUACUACAUCCUCAGAAAUGGGGACUUACUGGAAUACCGCAAGAAACUGAGAACGCUACGAGUCAGGAUGCUGGACGGAACACUGAAGACGCUGCUAGUGGAUGACAGUCAGCCAGUAGCUAACCUGAUGGUUGUUAUUUGCACUAAGAUAGGUAUCACAAACCAUGAUGAGUACAGUCUUGUGCGUGAGAAUCAAGAGGAGGAGUUAGAAAACAAACCAAAUUUUGGCACACUGACACUGAAACGAAAGAAGGAGGAGAAGGAGCGUGAUGCCAAGAUGGAUCAGUUGCGAAAGAAGCUGAAAACAGAUGAUGAGGUGAACUGGAUAGACCCGUCGAAGACUCUGCGUGAACAAGGUAUUGAUGAAAGCGAAACAGUUUUGUUGAGGCGCAAGUUCUUCUUCUCGGACCAGAACAUUGACUCUCGGGACCCUGUGCAGUUGAACUUGCUGUAUGUGCAGGCACGCGAUGCCAUACUGGACGGCACGCACCCCGUCACGCAGGACAAGACGUGCGAGUUUGCUGGCAUCCAGUGCCACAUCCAGUUCGGAGACUACAAUGAGAGCAAACAUCGACCGGGGUUCCUCGACCUCAAGGAGUUCCUGCCGCAGUCAUAUGCCAAGGUUAAGGGCAUCGAGAAGAAGGUGUUCGCCGAACAUAAGAAGCAUGUCGGGCUGUCUGAGCUUGAUGCCAAGGUGUUGUACACCAAAACAGCUCGGUCUCUCAAGACGUACGGUGUCACAUUCUUCCUUGUCAAGGAGAAGAUGAAGGGUAAGAACAAGCUGGUCCCAAGACUGCUGGGUGUGACGAAGGAUUCUGUCCUGCGUCUAGAUGAGAAGACAAAAGAAAUUCUGAAGACGUGGCCACUCACGACGGUGCGACGCUGGGGUGCAUCCCCCAACACAUUCACAUUAGAUUUUGGAGACUAUUCAGACCAGUAUUACUCCGUGCAGACGACCGAGGCCGAGCAGAUACUUCAGCUCAUUGCUGGCUACAUCGACAUCAUACUGAAGAAGAAGAAGUCGAAGGACCAUUUUGGUAUCGAGGGUGAUGAGGGCUCAACCAUGGUGGAGGACAGCGUCUCCCCUCUCAAGGCUACCAUAUUGCAACAUGAGACGAGCAAGAUUGGCAGGGUGAACACAGAGUCGCUGGCGAAGCCUGCCAUCAUGCGUGCAGGUGCAGAUGGAGCCCGACCGUAUGGCACAGGCCACAUGGCAGGUGCCCAGUACACGACUGUCAGUGGGCAGGUAAAUCUUGCCCAUGCCCCGCCCAUGGUGCAACAGUCAAGAAUAACAAGUGUUCUCUCAGAGCCACAGAGGGCUCUUCUGAGCACUAUUAGUGCUGGCCAUGAUGUUAUAGUCACGGUAGAGAAGGAGUUGGAAACAAAGGCUCAGAUACCAGAGCUUGGCUCAGAUCCCGCAUCACUGAAAUGGAAGGAGACGACGCUCGACACGAACAAGCAGAAUGUGAGCUCCCAGAUUGCAGCAAUGAAUGCCGCCACUGCACAGGUUGUCACCCUGACAUCAGGCUCAGCAGAUGAGGUGGACCAUACUGCAGUAGGUGCUGCCAUCACAACCAUCACUAGCAACUUGCCAGAAAUGACGAGGGGCGUGCGAAUGAUUGCCGCGUUGAUGGAAGACGAGAGCUCUGGGGACAAGUUGCUUGAUGCUGCUCGCAAACUUUGCACAGCUUUCAGUGACCUUCUGAAGGCUGCCGAACCUGAAACCAAAGAGCCUCGCCAGAACCUCCUUAAUGCUGCGAGUCGUGUGGGCGAAGCCUCCCACCAAGUUCUUUCAACCAUCGGCCAUGAGGACGAGUCAAGUCGUGAGCUACAGGAUAUCCUACUGGGACUUGCCAAGGUCGUUGCUAACACGACAGCUGCUCUUGUACUGAAAGCCAAGAACAUUGCUGCGACCUGUGAUGACCAGGCCACGCAGAACAAGGUCAUCGGAGCUGCCACCCAAUGUGCCCUUGCCACUUCACAGCUUGUUGCUUGUGCCAAGGUUGUCGCACCAACUCUGCAUAGCCCGGCGUGUCAGGAGCAGCUGAUGGCUGCAGUACGCGAGGUGGCACGUGCCGUUGAGGGGCUCAUCACUAUCUGCAACGAGAGCUGUACAGAUGAACACUUGCUGCGUGAACUGAGCCAGGCUGCGUCAGAGGUUACUCGGACACUCAACGACUUGCUGAACCACAUUAAGUUGGGGACACGAGAGAAGGCACGUGAGAGCGUACAAGAGGGUGCUGUAGAGACGAUAUUAGUUGCCACUGACCGACUGUUUGCUUCUACUGGAGAUGCGGCCGAGAUGGUGCGCCAAGCCAGAGUGCUGGGACAAGCCACUGCUCAGCUCAUACAGGCGAUAAAGGGAGAGGCAGAAAAGCAGCCUGACUCCGAGAUACAGCGCCGUCUUCUAGCCGCAGCAAAGACCCUAGCUGAUGCUACGGCUCGCAUGGUGGAAGCGGCGCGUCUCUGUGCGUCAAGCCCGCAUGAUGCUCAGCGCCAGAACCAAUUAUGUGAAGCAGUCGAAGAACUACGCGCUGCUACGACCGCAGCGGCCACUCCAGCACUGCGGAGGAAACUGAUCACAAGACUCGAGGCAGCAGCCAAGAACGCAGCCAGUACAGCAACGCAAUGUAUUGCAGCGGCUCAGGGGGCGGCACAUCAUAAUACUAACAAGUCCUCACAGGAGGAGCUAAUGGGUGACUGCAAGACCAUGGCAGAUAACAUCCCAAGGCUCGUGGAAGGCGUCAAGGGUACGCUUUCCAACCCCGAGAACCCAGCAACUCAGCUGAACCUCAUCAAUGCUUCUGAGCAGUUCUUACAGCCUGGUGCCAGAGUGGUUCAGUCAGCUCGUGCAGUGUUACCAACUGUCUCAGACCAGUCAUCUGCACUCCAGUUGAAUACAAGUUCGCAGCAGUUGGGGGCAGCACUUGAUGACUUGCGUACUGCCCUUAACCGUGCGCGUGGAGUUUGCACUGGUUUGGAACUUGACUCGGCUUCUGAACUGAUCCGCAGCCUGCAAGUUGAACUAGAAGCUUUCCAGAGGUCUGCUGAGAGGGCAGAGCUCAGGCCUUUACCAGGAGAAACGGCCGAGUCAGCUGCUUUGCAGCUGGGUAGCACGUCUAAGAACGUGGGCUUUGCAAUGGCUCAGCUGUUGAGUGCUGCAGCACAGGGCAAUGAGAACUACACAGGUAUCGCUGCAAGGAACACGUCGUCUGCUCUCCGAGACCUUACCAUAUCAGUGCGAGGUGUGGCUGCGACAACAAAGAACCGUGAUACACAGACAAAGAUUAUCUCCAGCGCAGAUGAUGUCAUGGAGCGGUCACUCCGCCUCAUUGAGGAGGCAAGGCAAGCACUUCAGAAUCCUGAGGGACAGAGCAAUGCACAGAACCUUGCACAGGUUGCCAAAGAUGUGUCUCAGGCUCUGAAUAAGUGUGUGGGCUGUCUCCCAGGACAAAUGGAUGUAGAUGAGGCAAUUCACACCAUUACAGACGCAUCACAGAUCCUUGACCUAGGGGAGUUCCCUCACAGCAACAAGUCAUAUGGACAACUGCAGCAGGAGCUCAAUUCUGCGGCUGCAAACCUUAACGACGCGUCGGCAGAUGUCGUGUCAUCCGUAUGCAGCCCGACGCAGCUGGCUACGUCAUCGCGCACGUUUGGCACAGCUUUUGGAGAUUUGCUGGGCGUGAGCAUGGAAAUGGCUGGACAAACGAGGGAUAAGGAAGUACAGGGACAAAUGGUUGUGUCCUUGAAGAAUGUUUCCUUGGUAUCCUCGAAGCUGCUAGUGACCGCAAAGUCUGUGGCUGCUAAUCCAUCAGCACCAAAUGCCAAGAACCAGCUUGCUGCAGCAGCCAGGAUGGUGACUGAAAGUAUCAACUACCUGAUUGACGUCUGCACGUCAGCUGCCCCAGGACAGAAGGAGUGUGACAACGCAAUACGCAAGAUCCAGUCCAUGAGACCCCUGCUAGAGAACCCCACAGAGCCACAUAAUGACUCCUCGUACUUUGAGUGUCUGGACACUGUUAUGGAGAAAUCAAAGAGUCUGGGGGAUGGCAUGACAGGCAUUGCGAAUCAUGCCAAGAAGUCGGAACAUGAGCAGUUUGGUGAGGCAGUGAAGGAUGUUUCAAAUUCAAUCUGUGGCCUGGUUGAAGCUGCGGCACAGGCUGCCUAUUUGGUAGGAGUGUCAGAACCGUCCAGUGUUGCUGGGCGUCCAGGACUUGUGGACCAGGCGCAGUUCGCACGUGCUGCCCAAUCCAUCCAGACAGCCUGCCAACACCUGACCAACCCAACAACCAAUCAGCAACAGGUGCUGUCAGCUGCAACGGUGAUUGCCAAGCAUACAAGUUCACUUUGCAAUGCGUGCCGUAUGGCAUCUUCUAAGACAACAAAUCCUGUUGCAAAGCGACAUUUUGUCCAGUCUGCCAAAGAUGUGGCCAAUUCAACUGCAAACCUUGUGAAAGAGAUUAAGGCCCUGGAUCAGGAUUAUAGCGAGCACAACCGUGAAAGCUGUGCUGCCGCAACAAAACCGUUGUUGGAUGCAGUGGACAGCCUGUGCACAUUUGCAGGUUCACCAGAGUUUUCCAGUCAACCUGCCAAAAUCAGCGUAGGUGCACGUGCUGCUCAGGAACCGAUCCUAUCAUCUGGUCGUGCCAUAAUAGAUGGUUCCUGCUCCAUGGUUCGCGCUGCCAAAUCAUUGGCUGUCAGUCCUAGGGACCCUCCCACUUGGCAACUCUUAGCCAAUCACAGCAAGAGUGUAUCUGACUCAAUUAAGAAGCUUGUUACAUCAAUCAGGGACAAGGCCCCAGGACAGAAGGAAUGUGAUGACGCCAUAGAAAAGCUUAGUGCCCGUAUCCGGGAUCUGGACCAGACGUCGCUGGCAGCCGUGUCUCAGAGUCUGCCUCAACGACGUGACAACACACUCCAGGGGUUCACUGACCAAAUGGAAAGCUCAGCGAAUGAAAUUGCAGAGAAGCUGGAGCCUGUUCGAUCUGCCGCCAAAUACGAGGCUGAGAACAUCGGUCAUGCCGUGAACCAAAUGGUACUGUAUUUUGAACCACUGGUGGCUGGUGCAAUUGGUGCUGCCUCCAACAUGGUGCACUCGAAGCAGCAGAUGGUGCUACUCGACCAGACAAAGACAGUGGCCGAAUGUGCCUUGCAGUUGAUGUAUGCAACCAAGGAAGGAGGAGGCAAUCCCAAGGCAGUAAACAUCCAUCCUGAUAUUGACGAGUCUGUGGAUGCGACACGGGACUCGCUCCAGGAUAUGGGCAAGACGCUGGAACACCUCGCAACACAAGCCGGUGUGGUGACGGGCAUUAUGGACUCCAUCACUCGUGCGAUGACACGUGUCACUGAGAGCAGUCACCGUCACUCUACGUACUCUGAGACCGGCGAGUUUAGCUUUGUGGAUUACCAGACGCGGAUGGUUACUGCGGCCAAAGAGGUGGCCAGGAUUGCGCAGGAAAUGGUAGCGAAAUCUGCAACUGAUGUGGCACGUCUUGGAGCCCUUGGUGCUGAUCUGUCUCGCCAAUAUGGACAGCUGGCUGCAGAUGCCACUGGCGCAGCUGCGGCUACUUCCAACGCGGAUGUGUCAUCGCGCAUACGUUCAGGUGUUCAGGAGCUGGGUCGUGCGUGUCUGGAGUUGGUGAAGGCAGGUGGUGCCUGUCAGAUGGCGCCACAAGGUGAUACAUUUGCGCAGAGAGAUGUUGCUGACGGUGCGCGACACGUCUCAGAGAAGGUUUCGCAGGUGCUGGCAGCCCUUCAGGCUGGCUCUCGGGGCACGCAGGCUUGUAUCAACGCAGCAAGCACCGUAUCAGGUAUAAUUGGCGAUCUUGAUACAACCAUCAUGUUCGCUACUGCCGGCACACUGCACGCGGAGAACGAAGACGAGUCAUUUGCUGACCAUCGAGAAAACAUCCUGAAGACAGCCAAGGCCUUGGUGGAGGACACGAAGACACUGGUUGCAGGGGCGGCAUCCUCACAGGAGCAACUAGCUGUUGCCGCGCAGAAUGCCGUGUCAACCAUCGUGCAACUGGCCGAGGUUGUCAAGUUCGGAGCUGCAUCCCUAGGCUCAAAUAACCCUGAAGCUCAGGUGAUGCUGAUCAACGCUGUAAAGGACGUGGCGUCCGCUCUGGGAGAUCUGAUUCAGGCAACAAAAGCUGCUUCUGGCAAGAGUAUCAACGAUCCGUCCAUGAACCACCUCAAAGACUCUGCCAAGGUGAUGGUAACCAACGUGACUUCCCUGCUCAAGACCGUCAAAGCCGUGGAAGAUGAACACACACGUGGGACACGUGCUCUCGAGUCUACCAUUGAGGCCAUCGCGCAAGAGAUUCGAGCACUGCAUUCUCCAGAGCAUCAGAAGAGUCGUGCUACACCAGAGGAACUGGUUCGUUGCACCAAGUCGAUCACUGUAGCCACUGCGAAGGCAGUCGCAGCUGGCAAUAGCUGCAAGCAGGAUGACAUAAUUGUCGCUGCUAACGUGGGGCGGAAGGCAAUAUCCGACAUGCUUACAAUAUGCAAGGGAACAGCCAAUUCAGCAGACAGCGAGGAGUUGCGCAAACGAACGCUACAGGCUGGACACGAUGUGGCUGUUCAGUACCGUGAACUGCUUCAGACCGUCUUGCACAUUCAGAGCCGUCCAGGCGGUGCUGCAGAUGCCAAGCAAAGUCUGCCGCCCAUCUCACGCCGCAUAGCUCAGUGUGUCACGGAAUUGGUGACAUCUGCUGAGUUGCUAAAAGGAACAGACUGGGUGGACCCGGAUGACCCAACUGUUAUUGCAGAAAAUGAAUUGCUGGGUGCUGCGGCUUCUAUUGAUGCCGCUGCAAAGAAGUUGGCAAGCCUGCGCCCAAGGAGAUCUAUUCAGGAGGCUGAUGAGAGCCUCAAUUUUGACGAGAUGAUCUUGGAGGCUGCCAAAUCCAUCGCCGCUGCAAAUUCUGCACUUGUAAAGGCUGCAUCUGCCGCACAGCGAGAACUCAUUGACCAGGGCAAGGUAAGCAGACGCCCCCUGACCAGUUCUGAUGACGGACAGUGGUCAGAAGGCCUAAUCUCAGCAGCACGUCUGGUAGCAGCUGCAACACACAGCCUGGUGGAAUCUGCUAACUCACUGGUACAGGGGAUGGCAUCAGAGGAGAAGCUCAUCUCCAGUGCAAAGCAGGUUGCAUCUUCCACUGCACAAUUGCUUGUAGCGUGCAAGGUGAAGGCCGACCCUGAUGCAGACAGCACUAAGCGUCUACAGGCUGCCGGCAAUGCCGUGAAGCGCGCCACUGACAAUUUGGUGAGAGCGGCGCAGCAGGCGAUCCAGCAAGAGGAAGAACGUAGUUUGGUGUUUAUGGUCGGGGGCAUCGCACAAGAGAUCAAUGCACGCACCGAAGUUCUGCGCAUUGAACGUCAGCUGGAGGAGGCGCGUGGGCGACUCACUGCGAUCCGACAGGCCAAGUACAAGAAGGGCGGUGAUACCAGCGCGUCAGAUACGGAGCCAGACGGAUAUGGCAGUGGAUAUGAGUCAUUUACCACAAGGUAUGAGACAAAAUCAUAUGAUAACAGCCUGACCCCAAAACAUUCUGCCAAUACAUCACUGGUGUACACUUCCAACAUGAGCCCGAACGGCAAUGUGCAGGGUCUCUCGUCACCAGAGAAAUUGCUGUCUAGCAUCACGAAAGUGGAACACGCGUACAACAAUAUACAAGGGAUGCUGGACGAGGCUGGUGACGGUACUAGAAAGAUGUCUCCGAAUAUCAAGCCAGUCGCUAGGAAGGUUUUGACACAAGAAGUGCCCCCCAGCACUGGCCAGACGUACUCGACUGUCACGACAAACAACUACUCCGAGUCGGUCAACAAUUUUGCCUCUUCUGGCGGUGACGAGAGCACAACCCUGGAACAACGCAUGCUGAAACAACACACCUCGCAACGCACCACGGAGAAACGCACCGUUACCAUGACGACACGUCGGGGGCAUCGCACAAGAGAUCAAUGCACGCACCGAAGUUCUGCGCAUUGAACGUCAGCUGGAGGAGGCGCGUGGGCGACUCACUGCGAUCCGACAGGCCAAGUACAAGAAGGGCGGUGAUACCAGCGCGUCAGAUACGGAGCCAGACGGAUAUGGCAGUGGA